UCUAGCUUGGUCUCUUUUUUAUGAAAGACAUAUUCAUUGACGCGGGUCAAGGGGGAGAGGACGUUAUGUGAGAAACGUAUGAGAGAGGAAGCGGCGGAGGCCAGUCUGUCGGUCAAACAAUUGUGUACUGUGCGGAGCCAUCUUGCGUGAAUUAGCGUUCCACCCCAACCGUUCCACUCCAACCAACCUGUCAUUAUACGAUACUCGGUGGUGUUUCACUGAGUAUGGUUAACCACCUGUCAGUAACUGUGACUUGAGCAAAGCUGGGGUCAGGCAGUAAGGGGAUUCAUUUCUUUUCGUAAGGGGUUGCUAGCGGACUUGUCUUAGGUGCACUUGUGGAUUGUUGAAAUUGAGAUCAGAAAGUGAUCUAGGAAAGAAUGGGAGGGAUAAAAAACAAGAUGAGGUGGGCAACUUGGAGGAAAAGAGACUGGAUCGCCUGCCAUGGGUCUAUGAAAUGAUAACUGGAUGAAAGGUCGGCUGGAUAUGUUUUCCGGAAAUGCCUCAUUGGCCAACAAAUGAUCCCCGGGGAUGGUCACUGAUCAUGGACAGCCCUCCUUGCAAUUGGUAGGUCUUUCUUUCGGAGAGUUGGCGGCAUCACUACUCUGCUGCAGUCUCCUUAUCUCCUGGCAUCGCCAGUCGCAGGUUGGGGCAGCACACGACUGCAAAUGGCUCCAUCUUCUACGACUAUACUAUCGGUUAGCCCACAACGGGGUGAUCCAGCGGCUCUCGGUACUCCAAUAUUCAAGUGACCUUCCACCAACUCGCAUAUUACAAGUUACGGCAUGCUUGCCUUGCAGGUCAUCUCGGUGACUAGAACAGAGAUGUGGUUCCAGGCUGAUCUCCUACAAUAUUUCAUAUAUAUGCCAUAGAGUAGUUCAACGUUGUUCUAAUUAACAAACCAAGAUAUGGAGCGAGCUGUAUCCAGACCAAUUUAUACUAGUUGGUUAGAGUAGAGUAGUGCAAUGAUUGAC